CCAAUCGAAUGCUACUGUAACAGUCCGAUAACAAAUACAUGGGCCUCGAAAAGUCAGGGUGGCUCGAGACCGGCCGAGGGACAUCCAGACUUUCCCUUUCAAGGCAUCAGCCGCCACCUCUUCCCACACAAUAUAUCACCUCUUGCACUCUGAAAGGAUGCGCUGGCGCGCUGGGCAAUAGCAUGACGCUUUCUCAGUCUCAAGCAGAAGCAGAAGUCACUUUUCAGGGUGCCCGGCACCUACAACCCUCUCGCCAGCAACCCUAACUCAGAGUCUCCUCAUCACCACCACUGAGCCGUCUUCAUACAUUCCGCGUCACGCCAUAGCCAUGUCACCAUGGGGCUCUACUCCUCCCCUCCACCGGCCAGGCCGUUCAGCGAGGAUAAGGCAACCCUGCUCACGUCUUGGUGGAUCACCGCCAUGUGCGCCGUCGUCAUCAUUCUCCGACUCAUGGGGCGGUACAUACGCGUUGAAAUGCUCUUCGUGGAGGACAGGAUAGCCGCUCUAGCCCUGAUACCACUCCUCCUACGCAUGGCAUUCGUGCAUCCUAUUCUUCUCUACGGCACCAACAAUGUCUUGGUCGACGACCCCCUCCAACUCAGCAAUACCGAAAUCUACCACCGCUCCAUCGGCAGCCGCCUUGUUCUCAUCAGCCGCAUCCUCCACCCUGCCGUCCUUUGGGUCCUCAAGGUCGUCACGCUCGAAUUCUUCAACCGCCUCUUCGGACACACGGGCAAGAACCGCUACACGCUCCUGCUCCGUUUCAGUCGCAUCUGCCUGGCCGUGACCUUCCUUGCCAUCCUCAUCGCCGACCUCGCCGAGUGCAUGCCCUUCGCCUACUACUGGCAGGUCGUGCCCGAUCCCGGAGGGCAUUGCCGGCAAGGGUAUGUCUACCUCCUCGUCUCGACCGUCUGUAACGUCCUAACAGACGUGCUCCUUGUCGUGCUGCCCGUGCCAAUCGUGGUCAAGAGCCGGCUGUCGCCGGGCCGCAAGACGCUGCUGGUUUUGCUGUUUUGUCUGCACUUGUUCACCGUGGUGGUGGCCGUGUACCGCGUGCCCGAGAUCCUGCGCGAUGACGGCUACCAGCCGACGAGGACCAUGUGGGCGUCGGCCGAAAUCCUGGUGGCGACGUUUGCGGCUAACGCGCUGACGAUUGGGACGUUUGUGAGGGAUACGGGCGCCAAGAAGAAGAGGUUGCGGUACCAGCAUAAUGACUCGGGGCUGAGGAGCGCGAAGCGGGAUUCGAGGGCGGAGAUCAGUGUGGGGAGAAAGGUGUCGUGGAACGACCCUGACUCUGACGGGGAGGAGGAGACGACGGCUGAUCAAAGGCCGCAAAAAGGUGGAGGAACGGAGGGGAGGAAGUUGGGGGAUAUCGGCGAUUCCGGGAGGCCGCAACAGACCGACCGCAGGGAGGGAGCUAUUUCCCGUACUGAGAGCCUGGAUUCGUUGAUACCACGGAGCCGAUACAACAUGUCUACGACUGACGAAGGCGGAGUGAUGAAGACAACGACAAUCAAUGUCACCGUUUCCCAGGUGGCAGAUCUUGGAUAUUCGUGUACUGCCGAGGCGGCCGGGCUGAUGCUCAGACCUGCCGAUGGGGUCGUAACUGCGAGUGCAAGAGGUAGAGUCCGGGGAGCCACGAUUCCCCUGAGGGAACUGGAACCUCUGUCUGAACCUAUCGGCGGUGCCCAAGGGCUCAAGGCUGAACAAGGAACUUGAGUUAUCCAUUUUUGUCUAGAC